AUGGCUAACAGCUCCUCCUUGCACUCCCUUAAGUAUUUCUACAUCUCCGCCUCAGACCCCAGUCAAGGUCUGCCCCACUUUGUCGUUUGGGGCUAUGUGGACAGUCAGCUCUUCACUCUCUACGACAGCAGCAGCAGGAUGUUCCAGCCCAGAGCCUCCUGGAUGGAGAAAGCGGAGAAGGACUAUUGGGACACCCAGAGCCAGAUCGGGCAUGUCACGGAGGACGUCUACAGAGCAGCCCUGGAGACUCUGAGGAGUCGCCACAAUCAGAGCAAAGUGCUGGUAUCUGUUGUGGGCUAUUAA